AUGGGGGACAAGAGAUCCAGGUCUGAUGAUAAGCGGUCAGGUAAAAAGAAGUUUAAGGUAGUCUCGAAUACAUUAGACCCAAAUACAUCUGGUAUAUAUGCUACUUGUACUAGAAGACAUGAAAAGCAGGCUGCACAGGAAUUUAUGAUCUUACUCCAAGAGAAAGUAGAAGAGUACUAUGUAGAUGAGUUAAAAUCUAGUUCUAAUGAAGAUUCUAAUAAUCAUAAAAUAAAUUCUGAAGAUGAACUUUCUAUCGAGGACCAAAUUAAGAAGGAAUUAGAUGACCUCAAGCAGAAUAAAUCCAUGGUUGAUCCAAAACACAAUAAACCACUCAUCAAGCAGAUACAAUUGGAAUGCGAAUGCAUGGUGUUCUUUAAAGUUCGGAAACCAAUUGAGCCUGAAAGCUUCACUUUAAGACUAAUGGAAGAGCUUGCGAACCCAGAGGAUUUAAAUAAGAAAACAAGGUACUUGCAAAAGCUAACACCAAUAACAAGUUCUUGUAAUGCAACUUUGGAAGAGCUAACGAAGCUGUGUCAGCGCGUUCUACCUUCACACUUUCAUCAAGACAAGACUAAAUCUUACAAAUUUGCUAUUGAAGUAACGAAGAGAAACUUUAACACUAUAGACAAGCUCGAUAUUAUUAAAUUGGUAGCUAGAGAGGUAGGAAAAAGUGGCGAAUUUGCACAUACAGUCGACCUAAAGAACUAUGACAAGCUAGUUCUUGUCCAGUGUUUCAAGAACAAUAUAGGUAUGUCAGUUGUAGAUGCGAAUUACCGGACUAAGUUUAGAAAGUAUAACAUACAAGAACUUUACGAAUCUAAAUUUAAGAAGGAAGAGAACUCGCCUCAGAAAGAAUGA